AUGCUAAAAUUCAAGACUAGAGAAGCAUUAAGUUUACCUCAGGGAGAACGUGUUGUGGUGGAGUUUGAUUGCUUGGAUCCGAUUGGCGAAACACAAGGCCUUCUUGCAGGUGUAUGUGGCCUUUUAGCAACUGACUGUACCAUAUUUCCAAUUGGCUUUGAUAAAUGGUCGGAUAUGCCUAAGUCAUACUUUAACGACUGCUUUAAUAACAUUAUAAAGUGGACUGCAAGUAGGCAGAAGUUGUGGUAUGAGUUUAAAGACCCACUUAAAACUAAAGAUGAGAUUAUGGAUAAUGUUCCGGUAGGUAUUACUCGGGAUCAAUGGACUUCCUUUGUGAACUACCGUUAUAAAGAAGAAACUCAGAACAUGUGUAAAAGAAAUGCCGAAAAUCGGAAGAAACAAAUGGUUCCACACACCGGUGACUCCAAACCUAAUUCUAGAAGAAGGGCUGAAAUGAUAGCUGAGAUAGGGAGUAAGCCUGGACGAGCACAACUUUAUCUUGCUACACAUACGAAAAAAAAUGGAUCAUAUGUAAAUAAGGAGGCAAAAGAAAUAUGUGAAAAAAUUGAGCUAGCAGUGAGUGAAAGUACAGUGGAUGAGUCUGAAAUUUCUCCAAAUGAUGUUGUUGGUAAGGUGCUAGGCAAAGAGCAUCUUGAAAGGGUGAGAUGUUUGGGAUUAGGAGCUACUCCAAGCAAUACUUUCAAAGAGACAAAUCUUCGUCUUGGUAAUAUAAGAAUUGUGAGUAAUAAUGUUGGAUGUUCUUCUUCUGGAUGCCAAGAGAAGUACAAUCAAUUGAUGCAUACUCUCAAAGCGUACAUGAUAAUGAAGGAAGGGUCAAUACCAGAACAAUUUGCUGGGAUUUUUGCAUCUCCUCCUACAACGCUCUAA